AACGCAAUAUUAAUCGAUUUCUCACGAAUGGCAUAUUAUCGUUGUUUAAACAGCUUGUGCGAAAACUGACACUUGAAAUUAACAAUUGGAGAUUCGGAAAUUCGUCCAGUCGAGUCUCGAGUGGAGACCCAUCGGCAAGAGUCUUCGAUAUACGAGAUUGCGGUUUCCACUCUCCAUAUUUAAUACGCGGUGAAAUGUUCCUGCGGCCUGAUGACGGGAGGUGAUGCGAGGAGGUGAUGGUUUGACGAUUUGAAAGAUCGAGGAUUUCACACGACCGUAACCGACGAUGAGUGACUACAAGAUACCGCUAAUCGAGCCGACUAUAGACUACACAAAGGUACCGCCAAUCAACCAAAAACGGACGGUCUCUUUCAUAAACCACUUUAUUACUCAUACCGUUACGUUUCUGAAUAAGUUUGCCUUGUCCUGCGAGGAGAGAUUGUUCGAGUUCGAAAAUAAAUUGCAAAAGUUAGAAGCGUCGCUAGAGAUAUUAGAAUCGCGGUUAUCUUCUAUACCUGGGUUAGAGCAAGAAUCUCACAAAGAAUCUGAUAACGUCAAUGAUGAGAAUAAUGCGAGUGAAGUAGAACAAGUAGAGGCACGCAAGGUGGACGAGCCUGACAGCAACGAAGUAGAGCCUAAAGACGAGGAGAAUGGAACACAAUCCGUAGCUAAGGACCCUCGCUAUGAGAAGUACUUCAAAAUGAUGCACUUUGGUGUACCAAAGCAGGCAGUAAAAUUAAAGAUGGAACAGGAAGGACUGGAUUCAUCUAUAUUGGAUAAUCCACAACAGGUUCCUACGCCGCAAUCAGAGAACAAUGAGAAUCAAGGCGAAUAGAGAUAAAACGCAGUACAUAAUGCUAAGCACUUAGGUAUAUUGGAUAUUUUUACAUUAUGGCAAACAAUCAUGAGUAUGUAUGAAAUGUCAUUAGAUCUGCUUUAUUUCUUGUUAAAUACAGGAUAUAAAACAUUAAAUGGA